GUUUGUCCUCUGCUGCUGGCCGUCUUUUGAGUGUUGUGUUGGGAACGCGCAAGAUGGCGGCUGACGGUUCCUCCACGUCUCCAGCCUUACAUUCCUAUGUGAAUGUCGGGGAUUAUUACCCGAGAAAACUUGGACCGAAGCCUGAUGUCGUUCCAUCGGGAGUGACUGAAAGGAAAAUCAAUCCGCAGGACAAGCCAGAUAUGGUUGUAUUAGAUGUCAUCAAUGUCAAAGAGCCAGAUAUUCCUAUCCAUAGGAAAAAGCAGGAGACAGACACGUAUGUUUUGGGCACAAUACAUCCAUUCCGGAAAUCUCAGAGGUCAAUCUUUGGAAAAUUUAUUCAAGAAUUCCAGCUUGUUUCAAGUGACAAACGAUCCUGGAAAAUUUUACUCUUUGGUUUCUUCAACUUAAUUUGCACAAGCUUCUUGUUAAUGUGGUGCAGCUCAACUAACAGCAUGGCCUUGACUGCUUACACGUAUCUAACCAUCUUUGACUUAUUCAGCCUGAUAACAUGCUUAAUAAGUUCAUGGGUUACUAUGAAGAAGCCUAGUCCUUCUUACUCUUUCGGGUUUGAACGAUUUGAGGUACUAGCUGUUUUUGCUUCCACUGUGUUGGCCCAGCUUGGAGCUCUUUUUAUUCUCAAAGAAAGUGUGGAAAGAUUUAUGAAGCAGCCAGAAAUACAUACGGGUCGUCUUCUUGUUGGAACUUUUGUGGCACUCUUCUUUAAUUUGCUAACAAUGCUGUCUGUAAAAAACAAGCCUUUUGUACAUGUUUCAGAAGCUGCCAGCACCAGUUGGCUCCAAGAGCAUGUAGCAGACCUGAGCCGAAGUUUAUGUGGAAUAGUCCCAGGUCUGAACAGUAUUUUGUUACCACGGAUGAACCCCUUUGUGUUGGUAGAUUUAGCUGGUGCUUUGGCUCUCUGUAUCACUUACAUGCUUAUUGAAAUAAACAACUAUUUUUCUGUGGAUACUGCUUCCGCUAUUGCCAUUUCUGUAAUGACUUUUGGUACUAUGUACCCUAUGAGUGUGUACAGUGGGAAAGUCUUGCUUCAGACGACUCCAUCGUAUGUUAUUGGUCAGCUCGAUAAAUUAAUCAGAGAAGUUUCUACCCUUGAUGGAGUAUUAGAAGUACGCAAUGAGCAUUUUUGGACCGUUGGUUUUGGAUCACUGGCUGGUUCAGUACACGUCCGAAUACGAAGAGAUGCCAAUGAGCAGAUGGUGCUUGCUCACGUAACCCAUCGUCUUUAUACACUUGUUUCAACACUAACUGUUCAGAUUUUUAAGGAUGACUGGAUUCGACCAUCACUAGUAACUGGAGCAAUUCCAGUAGGUAUGCUAAAUCUCUCCGAGUACAGCAGCCUACCACCACCGCCGCCACCCCACGUGAAAACAAUCGAUGACUUAAGCCCGGCUACAUCUACGCCUGCGAAGCCAAGCAGUCCGCCUCCAGAGUUCUCAUUUAACACUCCAGGAAGAAACGUUAACCCUGUCAUCCUGCCAAGUGCACAGCCUCGGCCAUACGGUUUGGGAUUUCAUUAUGGCUCCAUGUCGUACAAUAAUAUGUUUACACAAAGUACUGGAAGACCAGGAGGUGGAUUUGGAAUGGGACCAGCACAUGGACUUAGGACAGGUUUCACCAGUGUUCCCAACAGAUUUGGAACAAACAGUUUAGGACAGUUUGGUUUGCAUAAACAGUGAUCAGCUGCUAGUACAGUACUUAUGAUGGCAUGAAAGUUUCAUAUUUUUACAUUUUUGUAUUAAUGGACAGCAAUACACUAUUUAAAAAAAAAAGUUACCUUUUUUUUUUUUUCUGUGGCGAGAGGUGGGGGGGAAAUUAUCAUAAAGGUUUGUUUAUUAGAAUGCUAAGUGAAUAUCUUUUUUAAUUCCCUUUUAUUUAUUUUUUUUUUGCUGCUGAUUUUAAUGUUGAUUUCAACCCUUGCUGACUGAGUGAGGGUGCAGUUUAAGAGGCCUUAUAGGAAGCAAAGGAAGUACAUUAGACGAGGACGUUAAAACCAUAAUGCACCUUCUGUUUUUUAAAUAUCGUAUUGUGCAUCAGGUCCAUGUUAGCUGUUACAUAGUAGUAAAGCUUCAGGUGCCAAAUGACCAGUCAGUCUCCGGUAAAGAAAUCACGAGCUAGGCUAAAAUGCCUCCUAAAUUUAUAGUUUCAAUUUUUUUUUUGGCCCUGUUAACUUAAAAUACUUUUUAUUUUAGUUUCUUUGGCAUCAGGACUAUUCCAAAGACAUUUUACAUUAAACAAUAUUUUGUUAGAGCAAGUUUGAGCAGAAAUAUGAAAUUAUUGAAUCGGAUUCUUCUGUGACAGCCCUAAACAUCCUACUUAAUUGUAUGUUAUAGUAAGUGGUGAUUCUAAUUUAUUAAAUUAUUGUAAUAAUUGUCUAUCAAUGGACAUAAUAACGGUGUUGCUAAAAACAACUUUAUUUUUGAUAAAACAAGCAUACAUUAUGUAUAUUUUAAACUGCUUCAUUGAUGGCUAUGAGAAAGGAACAAUUCUAUUUCACUGGAUUAUUUUUCUCAAAAAACAAUCCCCUUCAGUCUAAAUUAUGACUUUCUUACCUUGAGUUCGAUCUUCGCCUGAAUUAGACAUCGUAAACCGUUUAUACAAAUGCUGCUUAGUAUUACUUACAAUUAUGUCUUUUUUUUUUCUUGCUACCAAGCUUGGAAAACCACACAGUAUCAGAACAUUUUCAACUGUCGUUUUUAUGGUCAUUGCAUGUAAAUAUUUUUGUGAUUUAAUUGUUUGAAGCGGGUUGUUUGUUUUGUGCUAAAAUUCAAGCAAGUGCAGCAGAGACCCGGAGUGCUAAUUGUGCAAGUUAAAGUGGAUAUGUUCCACAGUUGAGACUUUUAUAUAUAAAUAAAAGUCUAACUUGUUGCUGAUAAAAUAUUCUUUUAGUGAAAAGUAUUGUACAGCUUUCUGUAUUCCUUGAUUGUACUGAUAAAUUAGGGAAUGCUUCUAGAAUUAACUAGUUGCUCUUUUGUCGCUGUAAUUAAAUUCACAACUUAAUUUUCCUUUAAUACAAGUUUAAUUAAUUAAAUAUUUUUGGAAGUAUU